AUGAUGUCUCGCUUGCCGCCGGCGCCUGCUCUCUCUGGAGCCAGUCGCGGUCAUUCCAUCCGCGCGGGAACCUACGAGGAUGUUUCUCAACACAUGCCCGGAAACUAUGCUGCUGUUCCUCCUAUAGCUUCCGCGAACCGCCGCCCUUUCGGAACUGAUAGUGCUGACGCCAGCCGCGCACCUGGGGAGAGGUGCGGACCAAUGGCGGGAGGCGGAGGCUUCAAUUCCUCCGCGGACUCCGCGCCGCUGAAGCCGCUUGCGAGUGUGAAGCUGCGGCAGGGGACUAACGAGGACGCGUCGCAGUUAAUGCCGGAAAAUUACCGCGUCGGCAGCGCUAUGAGUGGGGAAUUUAACGCGCACGUGGCGGCUGAAAAUGCGGAGAGGAGUUUGAGGGCACAACCCAAGUUCGGCGGCAGCGCGGUUCGCCUCGACCAGCCGCCAAUAAGCCCCACCGCCGACCGCGCACUUACGCGCUAUGCCAGCGCGGGAGCUGCCUCACUCGGCGCAAUGGGCGCUGCGGCCGCCACAGCCACGGUGUACAAGGGCCGCCUGCUGGGCUGCAACAUGGCCAUCAAGCGCCUGGAGGGCGGUGGGUGGCAGGGUCCCAGCGAGUACAGCAUGGAAGUGGAUGUGCUGAGUCGCAUGCGCCACCCUCACAUCGUUCUCCUCAUGGGCCACUGCCCCGACCCCAAUGCCAUGUGCAUUCUCUACGAGUACCUGCCGGGCGGCAGCCUGCAGGAAUAUUUGGCUGCUAGCGCACUGCUGUACCUCCACCAGCAUUCGCCACCCAUCGCGCACCGAGACUUGAAACCCGACAACGUGUUACUCGAUGGUAACCGCAUGAGCAAGGUGGGAGACGUAGGCCUGGCAAGGCUAAUCGCAGAGGACGAUUACAACGUAACCGCACGCGUGCAAGGCACAGUGGGGUAUAUAGACCCUGAAGAGGUGGCGACAUGUGAAAUCUCGGUGUUAUCUGAUGUGUACGCGUUUGGGCUGAUUGUGCUCCAGCUGCUCAUGGGCGAGCCUCAAGUAAAGCUGAUUCAUCGCCUUCUGACGGAUACAGCAGCAAUGGUAGAUGCAGAGAAGCGUAGAGCGGGGAGAGUGGGAGGGGUGUGCUCAGAGCCAUGGUCUGCUGCUGUGGACGCAGUCUUGACACGGCUGGAUAAGUCCGGUGGGGAGUGGCGUGCUGACAUGGCGCGCCAGCUGGCGGUGAUUGGAGUGCGGUGUGCUGACAGGGCAAGGGCUAGAAGGCCUGAUUUGGAAAAGGAUGUGCAGCCGGUGUUGAUGAGGCUAGAGGAGGAAUUGAGAAGGGAGGAGGACAAGGGCAGGACGGAUGUGGACAACCAGCUGCUGUGCCCCAUCUCUCAG